AUGGUCAGUGAUGGUGAACGCCGCGACCCGACUCAGUGUCAGACGAACGGUGCACAAUUGGGAGUGGGGUUUCCACCAGUCAUAAUAGGAGAUGGAUUAGAAUUGGACGCACUACUCUCUAGAAGAAAGGCAUUACCCUGGAAGGUUAACAGCAGCGUUCCCAUCAGCCACAGUCUGGUGUUCAUCUCCCUGAAUGGGGAUCAAACACAGUGGUACUCUCAACAAACAACCUCCUUACAUGCAAAAGUGACAGCACCGUUAGCGUAA